GAUUUUUGAGAGAGAGAGAGAGAGAGGGAUGAAGGAAAGAAUGAUUUUCCUGUAGCAACAGGAAUUAUUCACUGUUUACUGACGCUGACGUUCAGCGGCAGUCGAGUCAAGAGGGAGCUCGCGGUUCUUGAGUGGCUCGCUGUGGGGACGGGUGGGGCUCCGCUGGCGCCUGCUGGGGCUCGCGAGGAGACGGCUUGUGUGCUGGGUCGGCGUGCGUGAGGGCUGAUGGAAGCACAGCCGACAAGAUGAACGUCUAUCACUUGGCGCGGUCCGUGUUGGACGAGCUGUGCGCGGCCACGGAUGGUUUGAAUGUGAUGCUCGUCGAUGAGGACACGCUUCCUCUUGUUUCAAUGGUCUAUGGGUGGCGAACUAGGCAGCUGUCAGACAAGGAGGUGUUUAGCGUUGACAAGCUGGCCAGUUUGCGUGAACCAAUGCCCGAAGUCAACGCCACUGUCUUUGUCCGAGCAUCUCAUGGCAACAUUUUGUCGCUGCAGCAAGAGCUGUCUCAGCCCAAUUAUCGUUCAUAUGCAAUCUUCUUCACCAACGAGGUGGACGCUACCGACCUUGAACUGCUGGCCGAAGCCGACACCCGCGAACUCGUUGCUCAAAUCAAGGUGGUCAACCUUGACUAUCUACCCAUGGAUACCAACCUCUUCUCGUUGGAGACCCUGGGGGCCUUUAACCACCCCGAGCAGCUAACGCGCAACAUGCUGUCACGUUGUCGUGAUGGUCUACUGAGCGUGAUUCGUGGCCUCGGCCUUCAUCCCACCCUUCGGUACCAGGGCAACAGCGGGCAAUGCCAACAGCUAGCCGAGGCGCUCAAGCCGCACCUUCUUCAAGCAACAGAGGGGGACACCAUGCUGCUGCUACUCGACCGGCGCCAGGACCUGGUCACCCCUUCGAUCCAGCAGUGGACAUAUCAGGCCAUGAUGCACGAGUUGUACGGCCUUUCAUGCGGCCGCCUGGAUCUGACGCGAGCCCAGGCCGAGCUCAAAGAAGUUGAAGAGCCGGCCGUCAUGACGAGCUUUGCCGACGAGUUUUUUGGCCGUGCUCGCUUUACCAAAUUUCCUCAGAACUACCUCUCGAUCAUGGAGCUCGAAAAAGUAGUGACAAAGCGCUUCUUUCGCACACCUGAGUCCAACUAUUUUGAUUUCCAGUCACAUGCACAGGAGCGGUUCGAGAAGAUUCAGACAGCGCUGCGGGAGCGGCGCUACGAGCCACGCGACCUGCUUCGCAUUUUCAUGCAGGUUGCAAUCCGUUAUCCGGACAAGGCGGGCUGCGCGGAAUAUGUGCGGCUCCAGGAGGCGUUCCUCAACGCUGGCCUCAGCCCAUUGGAUCUGCAGUGUGUGGACCGCGCUGCCGAGCUCUCUCGACCCAGCGCACCGGCCAGCUCCAAGGACUGGGAAAGCUACAUCUUGCGGUCAACUUUUCCCAACGCGGACCCUGACGAUGAAGAGGAAGAUUCCCACACGCCACUACUGGCUGGCUUGUUGCAGGAGCUUGACAAGGGCUCACUCAAUGAAAAGAAAUAUCCCUGGGUGCCCGGCCUCUUGGGACAAAAACGGUACGCGCAGAUCCUGUUUUCACGACGUCCUUUGGCCCAUCUCAUGGCCCGCUUUGCGCACCUAGACCACGCCGUGUGA